AGAAACUCGAAGCCUGAUGUUCUAUAUUUGCUCAGAAAAACAUUCUGACAAAGUCAGAAGAAGACGGAAAGAAAACGCGGUAAAGAUGGGCAAGAUGGCCAUGGAGUCGAGCUUUAUGGUGUUCGUGUGUUUGAUUUACUGUGUUUCUUCUUCUCUGACCCAAGCCCAAGUCUUCGAUGUGACAAAGUAUGGUGCAAAGGCUGAUGGGUCUACUGAUAUGGCCCAGGCUAUGAAAACUGCAUGGACCGAGGCAUGCGCAUCGCCUAGCCCAAGCACGAUUUUGAUCCCCCGUGGGACAUUCUUGAUGAGCCAGGUUUCGCUUGGAGGUCCGUGCAAGAGCUCGAUGGCAGUACAACUGCAGGGCACGGUAAAGGCCCCGGCUGACCCAGCCCAGACGAAGGGCGACAGCUGGAUCGUCAUCCGCAAUAUCAACGGGUUCAAACUCAAUGGUGGCGGCACCUUUGAUGGCCAGGGCAAGAUCGCCUGGACCAAGAACGAUUGCCACCUGAAAAAGAAGUGCACCAAUCUUCCUAUUAAUCUGAGGUUCGACUUUGUCACCAACGCCUUAAUCCAAGACAUAACAACCUUGGACAGCAAGCAAUUCCACGUGAAUGUCUUGGGCUGCAAGAACAUAACUUUCCAGCAUGUCACGGUGACUGCGCCAGGAGAUAGCCCCAACACCGAUGGAAUCCACAUUGGUCGAUCCAACGGGGUCACCAUUGUGGACUCUAUCAUCCAGACCGGGGAUGACUGCGUCUCAAUCGGGGAUGGGAGCCAGCAGAUCAACAUCACCGGUGUGACCUGCGGGCCAGGCCAUGGAAUUAGUGUUGGCAGCCUUGGGAAGUGGAAGAAUGAGGAGCCCGUGGUUGGCAUCUUUGUCAAGAACUGCACGAUCACUGGCACCAUGAAUGGCGUCCGUAUCAAGACCUGGCCUGCCUCCCCUGCUGGGAUUGCCACCGACAUGCACUUCGAGGAUAUCAUCAUGAACGACGUUGGCAAUCCCGUGCUGAUUGACCAAGAAUACUGCCCGUGGAACCAGUGCACUGACGGGGUGCCAUCACGAGUUAAGGUCAGCAAAGUCAGCUUCAAGAACAUCAGGGGAACAUCGUCAACGCAGGUCGCAGUGCAGCUAUCUUGCAGCAAGGCUCUCCCGUGCGAGGAAGUAGAGCUUGCCGACAUCGACCUCACUUUCCAUGCAACCAAUGGGACUGCAACUUCCGUGUGUGACAAUAUCAAGCCCGUGAUCUCGGGGACCCAGAACCCACCAAUUUGCAGCACCACCAGCACUGCCCAACCGGCCUAACCUUACAAUGGAUUUUCCAGCUCAGUGACAUCGUAGAUCAAGACUUGGCUUCUCAGCAUGUAAAAAACAUGGAUAUAAGUGCAAUUAUCAAAAUAAUAAUAAUAAUAAUAAUAAUUGUACAUAAUUAUUUUUGCCCAAGUUAUAUAUAAAAAGAUUGGGGAAAAAGAAUUUUUUGUACAGUGUAGAAACAAAUCCUGAAUAACAAAGUAUUAUUGUUUCUUUUUA